AUGGCGUUACAACGACUGACGGCUUUUUUCAUCCUUUACCUGAUUUUCGGUAAGUUAUUUUAAUUUCCACUAAGAUAAGGUGUAGUUUAACGGUACGUGUUGUGCAUCACAAUUUAUUAAAUCACAGACACAGCGAUGCUUUGUUAUGCAAAUGAUCGCGCCGACUAGACGGGCUUCCUAGCAUAGUAGCUUGGCCGGGUGUAAACAUGCUGAGGAUGAGCCACACAAUUAUUAGAUGGUAAAUAAUUUUCUUUAUACAUGCGUUAUCAUCACAUUGAAACGCUCACACAAUCCUCAGCAGUUUUCCAUUUAUAUAAAUAGAGAACAGGUUGCACACACUGCUAUGUAUCUUCUAAUGUUGAGCUCUCUUCAACUGUCACUCAAAAUGUGAUGAUGUCAACCACUAUUUCCAUCCAGGCUGUCAGGUAGGUCUACAGUUCAUUGUGUUAAUUAUUUUAUUCUGCUAAAGACUCUCUGCUACCGCACGGCAAGCGGUACCAAUGCACCAAGUCUGGAACCAACAGGACCCUGAACAGCUUCUACCCCUAAGCCAUAAGACUUCUAAACAAGACUGCUAAAUAGCUAAUCAGAUGGCUACCCGACUACCAGCAUUGACCCUUUUUUGCACUAACUCUCUUGCACUGACUCUAUGCACACACACUGGACUCUACCCACACACUCACACAUCCAUGACCAGAAGUAUAUGGACACCUGCUCGUCGAACAUCUCAUUCCAAAAUCAUGGGCAUUAAUAUGGAGUUGGUCUCCCCUUUUCUGCUAUAACAGCCUCCAAUCUUCUGGGAAGGCUUUCCACUAGAAGUUGGAACAUUGCUGUGGGGACUUGCUUCCAUUCAGCGACAAGAGCAUUAGUGAGGUCGAGCACUGAUGUUGUGCAAUUAGGCCUGGCUUGCAGUUGGCGUUCCAAUUCAUCCCAAAGGUGUUCGAUGGGGUUGAGGUCAGUUCUCUGUGCAGGCCAGUCAAGUUCUUUCACACCGAUCUCGAAAAACCAUUUCUGUAUGGACCUUGCUUUGUGCAUGGGGGCAUUGUCAUGCUGAAACAGGAAAGGGCCUUCCCCAAACUGUUGCCACAAAGUUGGAAGCACAGAAUCGUCUAGAUUGUCAUUGUAUGCUGUAGCGUUAAGAUUUCCCUUCACUGGAACUAAGAGGCCUUGCCCGAACCAUGAAAAACAGCCCCAGACCAUUAUUCCUCCUCCACCAAACUUUACAGUUGGCAUUCGUGCAGGUAGCGUUCUCCUGGCAUCCGCCAAACCCAGAUUCGUAUGUCGGACUGCCAGAUGGUGAAGCGUGAUUCAUCACUGCUCCAGAGUCCAAUGACGGUGAGCUUUACACCACUCCAGCCGAUACUUGGCAUUGCGCAUGGUGAUCUUAGGCUUGUGUGCGGCUGCUCGGCCAUGGAAACCCAUUUCAUGAAGCUCCCGACGAACAGUUCUUGUGCUGAUGUUGCUUCCAGAGGCAGUUUGGAACUUGGUAGUGAGUGUUGCAACUGAGGACAGACGUUUUUACACGCUACACGCUUCAGCACUCGGCGGUCCGGUUCUGUGAGCUUUGUGGCUGUGCCGUUGUUGGUCCUAGACAUUUCCACUUCACAAUAACAUCACUUACAGUUGACCGGGGCAGCUCUAGCAGGGCAGCAAUUAGACAAACUGACUUGUUGGAAAGGUGGCAUCCUAUGAUAGUGCCACGGUGAAAGUCACUGAGCUCUUCAGUAAGGCCAUUCUACUGCCAAUGUCUGUCUAUGGAGAUUGCAUGGCUGUGUGCUCGAUUUUAUACACCUGUCAGUAACAGGUUUGGCUGAAAUAGCCAAAUCCACUAAUUUGAAGGGGUGUAUACUUUUGUAUAUAUAGUGUACUUACACUGACACCCCAACACACACAUACAACAGACACACACACUACAUACGCCCACACACACACAACAUGCACAAACAUGCAUACUGAUGCCACACACACACUCACUCACCACAUACGCUGCUGCUAGUCCCUUUACCUCUACCUAUAUGUACAGUACAUAGCUACAUCAAUUACCUCGUACCCCUGCACAUCGACUUGGUACUGGUACUCCCUGUAUAUAGCCAUGUUAUUUUUACUCUUUAUUUUUAUUAGUUAUUCACUGUGUCACUAUUUCUAUUUUUAACUCAUUGUUGGAAAAGGACCUGUAAGUAAGCAUUUCACUGUUAGUCUACACCUGUUGUCCACAAAGCAUGUGACAAAUACAAUUUGAUUUGAUAAAGUAGCACUCUGACAGCGGCAGUGCUUUCAGGAAGACUUCACUAGGACUAUCUAGGUUUUGAAUAAAUAGUUUUCUGUCAACAUUGCUGCAACUACAGGUCAGACAGCUAACAUUAUAGCUAAGACAGUCGCUGUGUGUUAUUGACUGAUCUUUACAGUUUUAUUCACAUACUAGUCUACUGCAUUUUGAGAGCGAGAGAUACAGAGAGAGAGCGAUGCAUUCAUUUCCCCCUGCUUAGAGAACAUAUGCCACAUUUCUAUCUAUUCUACUGUCAGACAACAUUCCAGUACUGAUUAAAUUCUUCACAUAAACACACACACUACCAGUCAAAAGUUUGGACACACCUACUUAUUCAAGGGUUUUUCUUUAUUUUUACAUUGUAGAAUAAUAGUGAAGACAUCAAAACUAUGAAAUAACACAUAUGGAAUCAUGUAGUAACCAGAAGUGUUAAACAAAUGAAAAUAUAUUUGAGAUUCUUCAAAGAGCCACCAUUUGGCUUGAUGACAGCUUUGCACACACUUGGCAUUCUCUCAACCAGCUUCAUGAGGUAGUCACCUGGAAUGCAUUUCAAUUAAGAGGUCUGCCUUCUUAAAAGUUAAUUUGUGGAAUUUCUUUCCUUCUUAAUGCGUUUGAGCCAAUCAGUUGUGUUGUGACAAGCUAGGGGGGCUAUACAGGAGAUAGUCCUAUUUGGUAAAAGACCAAGUCCAUACAGCUCAAAUAAGCAAAGAGAAACAACAGUCCAUUACUUUAAGACAUGAAGGUCAGUCAAUCCGGAAAAUUUCAAGAACUUUGAACGUUUCUUCAAGUGCAGUGCAAAAACCAUCAAACGCUAUGAUGAAACUGGCUCUCAUGAGGACCGCCACAGGAAUGGAAGAACCAGAGUUACCUCUGCUGCAGAGGAUAAAGUCAUUAGAGUUACCAGCCUCAGAAAUUGCAGCCCAAAUAAAUGCUUCACAGAGUUCAAGUAACAGACACAUCUCAACAACAACUGUUCAGAGGGGACUGUGUGAAUCAGGCCUUCAUGGUAGAAUUGCUGCAAAGAAACCACUACUAAAGGACACCAAUAAUAAAAAGACACCUGCUUGGGCCAAGAAACACGAGCAAUGGACAUUAGACCGGUGGAAAUGUGUCCUUUGGUCUGGAGUCCAAAUUGGAGAUUUUUGGUUCCAACCAGCAUGUCUUCGUGAGACGCGGUGUGGAUGAACAGAUGAUCUCCGCAUGUGUAUUUCCCACCGUAAAGCAUGGAGGAGGUGGUGUUAUGGUGUGGGGGUGCUUUGCUGGUGACACUGUCUGUGAUUUAUUUAGAAUUCAAGGCACACUUAACCAGCAUGGCUACCACAGCAUUCUGCAGCUAUACGCCAUCCCAUCUGGUUUGGGCUUAGUGGGACUAUCAUUUGUUUUUCAACAGGACAAUGACCCAACACACCUCCAGGCUGUGUAAGGGCUAUUUUACCAACUAGGAGAGUGAUGGAGUGCUGCAUCAGAUGACCUGGCCUCCACAAUCCCCCGACCUCAACCCAAUUGAGAUGGUUUGGGAUGACUCGGACCGCAGAGUGAAGGAAAAGCAGCAAACAAGUGCUCAGCAUAUGUGGGAACUCCUUCAAGACUGUUGGAAAAGCAUUCCAGGUGAAGCUGGUUGAGAGAAUGCCAAGAGUGUGCAAAGCUGUCAUAAAGGCAAAGGGUGGCUAUUUGAAGAAUCUCAAAUCUCAUUUUUUAUUUAUUUGUUUGACACUUUUUUGGUUACUACAUAAUUCCAUAUUUGUUAUUUCAUAGUUUUGAUGUCUUCACUAUUAUUCUACAAUGUAGAAAAAAAUAAAAAUAAAGAAAAACCCUUGAAUGAGUAGGUGUGUCCAAACUUUUGACUGGUACUGUAGGUCCCUUUCUUUAUGUAGGCUACACAGUGUAAAGUAGGGCAUUCGGCUAUGGAAUGCUUUUAUUCCAGGCACACAAUAGCAAUUGUCUUCUUAAUUAACCACAGAUUCUCUCCCACGGUCUGAAAACUGUCUGGGACAACACAUCCUCAUGCAGGUGGGGAUACAGCUUGGACACCUAAAAUAUACAAUGAGACAAGAAGUGUCUUGCCUGUCUGCCUGUCUGUCUGUUGGCAGCAAAAAAGUAGGAGAGUUAGGAUAGAGACAUGUAGUUUAAGCUAUUUAUAGCCUAGUAGUUCAUAUUAUCUACAUUCUAAGUACGUUGUAAAGGAAUUGAAGGUUAAUGAGUGGUUUUACAGGGAUAGGCUGUCCCUGCUCUGUUUACAAGAGGAAAGAUUUGCUGGACAAGCUCUCCUUGUGUCUCUCAGGAUGACCAGUCACUGUUUGUUGUAAAAAUAGCUCAUGGUGUACAGGGCUGGGAAAGUCAGCCGCAGAGACGGAAGCUGAGACCUGAGAGUCGCAUCUCAUCAGCGUCCACAGCUGUGCUAAUAUGACUGUGUGCUCCACUUUGGCAGGACCCAUGUGUUCUCCACUCUCAGGGCUGGCUGAAGCCUUUGAGGCAGUGUUCAAACCCAUCCUAAAAGCUUACACGUGUUCUCACAGUCUCUGAUAGGGACGUACAAUAAAACUAGCCUGUCCUCCACCAAACCGCCAAGUUAUUGGAGUAAAGGCCCGUCUUGCAUAUGAGGGAAUUGUCUUUUACAGUGGGGAAAAAAAGUAUUUAGUCAGCCACCAAUUGUGCAAGUUCUCCCACUUAAAAAGAUGAGAGAGGCCUGUAAUUUUCAUCAUAGGUACACGUCAACUAUGACAGAAAAUCACAUUCUUGGAUUUUUUAUGAAUUUAUUUGCAAAUUAUGGUGGAAAAUAAGUAUUUGGUCACCUACAAACAAACAAGAUUUCUGGCUCUCACAGACCUGUAACUUCUUCUUUAAGAGGCUCCUCUGUCCUCCACUCGUUACCUGUAUUAAUGGCACCUGUUUGAACUUGUUAUCAGUAUCAAAGACACCUGUCCACAACCUCAAACAGUCACACUCCAAACUCCACUAUGGCCAAGACCAAAGAGCUGUCAAAGGACACCAGAAACAAAAUUGUAGACCUGCACCAGGCUGGGAAUACUGAAUCUGCAAUAGAUAAGCAGCUUGGUUUGAAGAAAUCAACUGUGGGAGCAAUUAUUAGGAAAUGGAAGACAUACAAGACCACUGAUAAUCUCCCUCGAUCUGGGGCUCCACGCAAGAUCUCACCCCGUGGGGUCAAAAUGAUCACAAGAACGGUGAGCAAAAAUCCCAGAACCACACAGGGGGACCUAGCGAAUGACCUGCAGAGAGCUGGGACCAAAGUAACAAAGCCUACCAUCAGUAACACACUACGCCGCCAGGGACUCAAAUCCUGCAGUGCCAGGCCAGACGUGUCCCCCUGCUUAAGCCAGUACAUGUCCAGGCCCAUCUGAAGUUUGCUAGAGUGCAUUUGGAUGAUCCAGAAGAGGAUUGGGAGAAUGUCAUAUGGUCAGAUGAAACCAAAAUAGAACCUUUUGGUAAAAACUCAACUCGUCGUGUUUGGAGGACAAAGAAUGCUGAGUUGCAUCCAAAGAACACCAUACCUACUGUGAAGCAUGGGGGUGGAAACAUCAUGCUUUGGGGCUGUUUUUCUGCAAAGGGACCAGGACGACUGAUCCGUGUAAAGGAAAGAAUGAAUGGGGCCAUGUAUCGUGAGAUUUUGAGUGAAAACCUGCUUCCAUCAGCAAGGGCAUUGAAGAUGAAACGUGGCUGGGUCUUUCAGCAUGACAAUGAUCCCAAACACACCGCCCGGGCAACGAAGGAGUGGCUUCGUAAGAAGCAUUUCAAGGUCCUGGAGUGGCCUGGCCAGUCUCCAGAUCUCAACCCCAUAGAAAAUCUUUGGAGGGAGUUGAAAGUCCGUGUUGCCCAGCGACAGCCCCAAAACAUCACUGCUCUAGAGGAGAUCUGCAUGGAGGAAUGGGCCAAAAUACAUUUACAUUUUAGUCAUUUAGCAGACGCUCUUAUCCAGAGCGACUUAGAGUUAGUGAAUACAUUUUUUUUUUUUUUUUUAUACUGGCCCCCCGUGGGAAUCGAACCCACAACCCUGGCGUUGCAAACGCCAUGCUCUAUCAACUGAGCUACAUCCCUGCCGGCCAUUCCCUCCCCUACCCUGGACGACGCUGGGCCAAUUGUGCGCCGCCCAUGAGUCUCCCGGUCGCGGCCGGCUGCGACAGAGCCUGGAUUCAAACCAGGAUCUAGUGGCACAGUUAGCACUGCGAUGCAGUGCCUUAGACCACUGCGCCACUCAGGAAAUACCAGCAACAGUGUGUGAAAACCUUGUGAAGACUUACAGAAAACGUUUGACCUGUGUCAUUGCCAACAAAGGGUAUAUAACAAAGUAUUGAGAAACUUUUGUUAUUGACCAAAUACUUAUUUUCCACCAUAAUUUGCAAAUAAAUUCAUUAAAAAUCCUACAAUGUGAUUUUCUGGAUUAUUUUUUCUCAUUUUGUCUGUCAUAGUUGACGUGUACCUAUGAUGAAAAUGACAGGCCUCUCUCAUCUUUUUAAGUGGGAGAACUUGCACAAUUGGUGGCUGACUAAAUACUUUUUUUCCCCCACUGUAUGUGCAUCAUGAAUAGUUAACCAGAGACAUUUUGCUAAAUGGCAUAUUAUUAUUAUUAUUAUUAUUACAUUUUAAAUCAGCCGCAGAGUGCUUUUAUCUGUCUGGAUUAUACCUUGGAAGUGCUUAAUACACUCAGAUGAAUUGUGCUCCAAUACAUUACAGUCUGAUUUCACCCCUCUUAGGAGUCCUUAAUAUCGCUGACGCCCGCACAGAAGGAGAGACUGUUUUUAUUACUCACUAUGUGUUAUUUGAGUAACUCUUACGCCUCCCUAUGUGUAUCUACGAAUAAUUUGAGAGUGUUUUGUAGAGUUAGGCUAAGUGAUGAAACAACACUGAGUGAUACUGAGACGUGUGCUCCCCUCGAGAUGUGCUCCACCUGCCUCUUAUAUAGACGUGAGAAAUGCUCCCGGAGAUAUGGUUAAUCCUGACCCUAAGGCUCUUUCUCACCCUCUCUGUAGCUAUAGGCCUACACUUCCUGACCCUCUAAUCCUUUAGGCCUAUCUGUUUAAGGGGCAUUGGCCAAAUUGGCACUGUCCUGGGAAGAAAAUUCUGAAGCUUGUCAGUCAGCAUUUUUCCCCCCACUUAUUUGUUGUCUUUUACAGGCUACAUUCCAUCACUUGGGGUAAUCCUCCGAACCACAGAAAAGACUGUGUGGGCAAAUGAAUUUGAACGUAAGUCACUGAAACACUGACUCAUUCUCUCAGAAUUAUUUUUCUUCUAUUGCCUGUCUGUCUGCCAGUGUUUUAAUAUCGUAGUAUCACGGUUUUCUUUCCAGCUAUUGAGUUGACCUGCUUGAUAGAGUCCAUCUCAACAAACAACCCCAGAAUCGAAUGGAAGAAAAUCCAAAACGGCGUCCCUAGUUAUGUGUACUUUCAAAAUCAAAUUUCGGGUAAGAUUAUUAUUUUUUAAGCACUUUACCAACACCAUAUUGGCCUCAGAACUGUGUUAUUAUUCUCUGUAAGUGAAAUGAGAAGUUGGAGUGUGUUUUUGCCUCUCUAUUAGGGGACUUGGAGCACAGAGCCCAGCUGAUCCAGCCGGCCAACCUACUGAUCCUGAACACCAGCCGUGCAGACACUGCAGAGUAUCGCUGUGAGGUCGCUGCCAUUGAUGACCACAAACACUUUGAUGAAAUUCUAAUCAGUCUUGCUGUCAGGGGUGAGGUCGUAUUGUCAUAUUCCGUGUCACUUAACCAAUGCAGAGCUCACACCUUGUCAUUAGCCUGAGAUAUAUGUGUGUCUGCUGGUCAAUCUCAGUAUAGGCCUAGUCAGUGUUAGGUGUGUUGUUGACAGACAUUUUAAGCCUGUAGUAGAGUUUGCUGUGUUUAUUCAGUGUUGUCUAUUUCUAAGUAAAGACUGUGUUAUGUGCUCUCUCUCUAAAACACUGUUCUGUGGGUGCCGUAGUAUGGCCUCUGCCCUUUGCCUAUGUGUAUGUGUGUCUUCCGGAGCAGUUGGGAUAAAGCGGAAGUCGAAUUCCAGUUGGACCUUUGUGUACAAUUAGACAAAUAUUUGUAUUUGUCUUCUUCUGUCUGUGCAGUAAAGCCUGUGGUGCCCAGGUGCAGUGUGCCUGUGGCGGUGACUGUUGGCACGUCCUCUGAGCUGCACUGCCUGGAGAACGAGGGCUUCCCUGCCUCACAGUACCGCUGGUUCCACAACAACGAGGAGCUUCCCCAGGACCCAAAGAGCAGCCCCAAGUUUAUCAACUCUACCUACUCCAUUAACGCUGACACGGGUGGUCUGGUAAGGAAUCAAUAGGACUGGGAGGUCGAACGGAAACUAGAUAUAUGAAUCCAACUGUUGGAUGAUGUUAGUACAAGAGAAAAGUUGUAUGAUGUAUUGGGGUUGAUUUUGGCGUUUUUCCCUGCAGAAAUUCCGCCGGAUGAGGAAGGAGGAUGCGGGGGAGUAUUACUGCCAGGCAAAGAAUGAAGCUGGACAUGCACAGUGUCCCACGCAGCUGAUGGAAGUCUGUGAGUAGGCCAUGCUGCACUAAACACCCAACUGACAUUCUUACUGCGGCUAUGUAUUGUGUUUAAAUAUCUCAGUGUGUCAUACCGCUGCCACACUGAACAUACCAUUGUGCGUUACCAAACCUGCUAGUGAGUCACAUGCAUCUACUCUGGUGCACAUAAGUCAUAGCGGUUGACAUGGACAUGCAUUCCAAGGUCAUUAAGUCAGGGUUCCCAAACUGGCGGCCCGUGGGCCGAAUUAUUAUGUUUUAGACAAAUAUUAUAUCUGAUUGGGCUUCUUGCAGUCAAUUUGCAGUCUACAAAUUAUUUGUAAUUAUGUUCCGGCCCCUCUCCAUCCGCUCACGAAAAAUAAUUUUAAAAAAGACAUACCGCGGCUGCUUUAAGUUGUUUAAAUUUGGGUUUAUGUCACCCAGAUCUCAUUUCAAAAUGCCCUGUUUGUAUUUUCAGAUGAUGUCGACAUUGUGGGGAUUUUUCUGAAGGUGUUGGCGGCAUUGGCUGGAUUCAUUAUUGUGAUGGUGGGGGUUUGUCAUGCACACAAACAUGGCUGCUUCUCCUCCGGCAAGGAUCACACAGGAACCAAGUGAGUAGGGCUAUGUAGUUUCAAGUUUCAAAGUUUAUUUGCCACAUGCACAGGAUACAACAGGUGUAAAACAGUACAGUGAAAUUCUUACCUUGAGAGCUCUUUCCAACAAUGCAGUGAUGAUAAUAAUAGUAAUAUAGAUAAUAAUAGAAAAUAUGAUUAAAAAUUAAAUAAAAAAAUUAACCCAAGAAGUACGAUAUAGGUUGAAUGUACUGUACUGGGCUUUUAAAGCUAAAUGGACCAGUUUAAUAGAGACAUGCCAUGUGCUGUGAAUUGCUUAGUAAGUCUUUAUGUGGAAAUUAAGGAUUUAUUGUGUGUUUUUAGCUACAAACUUCCAGCGCAGGAUGAUGGUGUUGACUAUGCUGAAGCAGAUGAGGUGA